AUGUCCGACGAUGAAUUCAUGAUGGAGGAUGCGGACGACGAGGAUUACGAUUUCGACUAUGAUGAUGAUGACGAAGAAGGGAUGGCGGACGAGACGGGUGAUGUGGAGAAUCAGUACUACAAGGCCAAGUCGUUGAAGGAGGAUGAUCAAGAAGCAGCACUCAAGGCUUUCAAAGCGAUAGUGGAUGAACAGCCCGAGAAGGGGGAAUGGGGUUUCAAGGCGCUCAAGCAGAUGACGAAGAUGAAUUACCUGUAUCGGCAUCAGCCAGAGGAGGCUCUGAAGACGUACAGGGAGCUGCUGGGGUACACGAAGAGCAACGUCACGAGGAAUUACGCCGAAAAGUCUAUCAACAACAUUCUGGACUACGUCGGCGGAGAAGGAAAGCACGCAGCUAUCUCGCCCAAAGUCCCCCUGGAUACCCUGGAGGCAUUCUACGAAGCUACGCGGAUCGCAUGCGAAGAGGCCAAGAAUGAGCGCUUGUCGACAAAAUCCAAUCUGAAGCUCGCGAAGCUGUGGCUGGACCGGAAGGAGUACAGGCGGCUCGAACCGAUUCUCCGGUCGCUCCAGGCUGCUUGUGCACCUACCGCUGGAUCAUCUUCUUCGGAUGAUCAGAGCAAGGGAUCCUUGCUGCUCGAGCUGUACGCUAUCGAGAUUCAGAUGUACAGCGAUCUCAAGGAGAACAAGAAACAGAAGGAGAUCUACAACGCCGCGAUGCAGGUCAAGAAUGCUAUUCCCCAUCCACGCAUCAUGGGCGUCAUCAGGGAAUGCGGAGGCAAGAUGUGGAUGAUGGAGCGAUCAUGGGACAAGGCAUCGACAGACCUGUUCGAGUCCUUCAGGCAGUACGACGAGUCGGGGUCGUCUCAGCGGAUCCAGGUGUUGAAGUAUCUGGUCUUGACGUAUAUGUUGAUGGGGAGUGAAAUCAACCCUUUCGACUCGCAAGAGACCAAGCCAUACAAGAACGAUCCCCAGAUCGUGGCGAUGACGAACCUCGUCCAGGCCUACCAGAUGCGUGAUGUCCUCGCCGCUGAGAAGAUCCUCAAAGCCAACCGAGCAACCAUCACCGGCGACCCCUUUAUCGCCUUCUUCAUUACCGACCUCCUCCGCUCACUCCGCACCCAGUACAUCAUCGAUAUCAUAAAAUCCUAUACCCGCCUCUCGCUCGACUUCCUCGCCAAGACUCUGAAUAUCGGACGGGACGAGGCCGAGGGGCUGGUAGUGGGUCUGAUAUUGGAUGAGAAGAUCAAGGGGCGGAUCGAUCAGGUUCAGGGUGUGGUUGUUUUGGAUCGAUUUGGAGCAGACUCGACCAGGAAGUAUCUCGCGAUGGGGACGGUGGCGAAGGAGUUGGAUAGGCUGCAGAGGGGGAUUGUGAAUGAGAAGGUUACGCGGAAUCAGGAGAGAGGGGGCUGGGGAGGUCCGAUGGCUGCGUUUGGGUAG